AAUGCUGGCAAAAGCCUGGAAUACAAAAUUAUUAGAAAUUCCAGAUUGUAUGAGAGCUCCUUUUAUGUCAUUGAUUCAAUUACCAAAAUUGAAGAAAUAUCCACCCCCUAAGGAAUCAGAGAAUGUUGUUUAUAUGGAUCAUGAUGAUUUAAUAACGGUUUUAAGAGAUCGAUUUAAGAUUUGCGUCCCUACAUUUAUUAUAUAUGGCGAAUGCUGGGUUAGAAUUUCAGCGCAGAUUUACAAUACAUUGGAAGACUACGAAGUUCUACGUGAUGCUAUCUAUACUCUAAUGAAAGAAGAUGAGAAUUAA